GUGCUAUCCACCCUCCGAGUUCCUGAAAACAGGAAUGGCAGGAAACAUCUGGAGAAAAUGACACAUUGGUUUCAUAGGAACCCAUUAAAAGCCACAGCUCCUGUCGCUUUUAACUACUAUGGUGUAGCUGCUGGCCCUCCUGCUUCAAAAAUAUGCAGACGGUGGGAAGGGAAGCAGAAGGACAUCCCAGUAACAAUCGCUCGAGCAAUUGAACUGAAACACGCGCCCGGCCUAAUUGCUGCACUGGCAUAUGAGACGGCCAACUUCUAUCAAAAAGCUGAUCAUGCUUUAUCCAGUUUGGAGCCUGCAUACUCUGCUAAAUGGAGAAAAUAUCUUCACUUGAAAAUGUGUUUCUACACGGCUUAUGCUUACUGUUAUCAUGGUCAGACUUUGUUGGCUAGUGAUAAAUGUGGCGAAGCAAUCCGGUCUCUCCAAGAAGCAGAAAAAUUUUAUGCAAAGGCAGAAGUACUGUGCAAAGAAUAUGGAGAAACCAAGGGACCUGGGCCAACGGUCAGACCCUCAGGACACUUGUUCUUUCGGAAGCUCGGAAAUCUUGUGACAAACACCCUAGAGAAGUGUCAGAGAGAGAAUGGGUUCAUUUACUUUCAAAAAAUUCCAACAGAAGCCCCACAGCUGGAACUCAAAGCAAAUUACGGUCUCGUAGAGCCUGUACCUUUUGAAUUCCCUCCGACAAGUGCACAAUGGACACCGGAAACGCUGGCCUCGUUUGAUCUCACCAAAAGACCCAAGGAUGACAGUACCAAACCCAAAGCAGAAGAAGCAGUGAAGCCUGUCAGAGAACCAGAUACCAGACCUCAGAAGGACACGGGAUGUUCCAUCUCCUAAAAUACACUGAUAAAAUGUGCACUUCGAAUUUCUCUACUAGUAGAUAAGAUAAACCCUGGGACUUCAGUUCGUAUUUCUUAAAAGGUUUUCUCUGAAGCCCGUAGAAUGAUUUAGUACAUUCGGAGGGAAUCUGCCUUCAGUUUAUUUGUUCUUGAUUUUUAAUAUAGGAGAGAUGUUUCAUGCUUUGUUUCCAAACCCUUUUUAAUCAGGACAACAUGUAAAAGAUUUUACUGUGCCCCUGAAGGGCGUAUUUGGGGGUUGGGUUUUUUUUUCUUCAAAGUCUAGGUUGUAGUAAGUUUCAGGUUAAUAUAGGCCAGAAUCACGUGGCAUCAGGUAUGUCUUUCUAUCUUCACACACAAAAGUUUUAUUUUCCUUCCUCUUACCUGAUACCAGAAGAAUGACAGGAGUUGGUUUUUAACAGUUUUCUUCCUCUUUCCAUUAUGUUGUCACACAGACUUGUGUUCUCUUCACAUCCCUUACAUUUGUAAGAAGCUAUAAUUUGUUCCAAAAAAUCAGUGUUUAUAGGUAUUUUGAGACCAUUUAAGAACUUCUGUUCUGGUAGCCCUGCA